AUGGCAAGAUUCAUUCAGAUUCUGUUCAUGUCCCUUUUCCAUGGCUUCAACUUCUUUCAGAUGCCCUCUGACCCUCCAACUGUUGGCAACCUGAACCUUCGUCGAGGAAUAACAUUUCUCUCGCUUGUCGCGAUGACCUUGUUCAACCUCAGUCAGCUACCUAUAUUCAUGGAGGAGCGUCUGGUCUACUACAAGCAUUCAUCUGCCCAAAGCUUUCGCACAUACACCUACCUGUUGGCCCAUGUGUUGGCUGGAGCUCCCUUUUCAAUCAUAGAGGCAACUGUGUGGUCCAUCGUCGUGUAUUUUUUGGCUGGAUUUUCACUCAGUGAUGGUGGUGUCCACUUCUGGAUUUUCGUUGCCAUUAUGAUUCUCACCGUCCUACAUGGGUCAGCCAUGGUCCGUUUCAUUGCCUUCUCCACCCGGAAUCCUGCUGCUGCUGCCUUCUUUUCUGCACUUCUUGUGGGCCCUUCAGUUUUCCUCUUCAUUCAUCUCCUCAUUCCCCAAUCCCUCAUCCGGGGUUACUGGAUAUGGGUGUACCGGAUUGAUGCUCUCCAGCCUGCUACUGGUAUAGAUGUGUUGCCAUCAGAGCCUCGCAAUGGCCAUGAUGUUGCAGUUGAGUUCGGGGAGAUAGAAGCCAGGAAUGGCGAGUCAGAGGGAUGGCAGGCUGUAUGUCCACCGCUUCAGCCAGUGGUGCUGGCAUGGCAGAAUCUUUCCUACAAGAUCACAUCCGUCCAUUCUGAUAGAGACAUGGAAGUUCUGAAAAGCAUCUCAGGCUGGGUGAAGCCUGGUGAGAUUACAGGAAUAGUGGGAGGAAGGGGUGCAGGCAAGACAAGCCUUCUCAACUGUCUUGCUGGGCGAAAGAUUCGUGGGCGAAUCACAGGCCAGUUGUCGAUCAAUGGUCUGACUCGUGACCUUGAAUCCUUCAUCCAAUGCACGGCAUACAUUGAAGGAGGCCAUCAGCACUAUCCGUAUCUUACAGUUCGAGAGAGUCUUAUGUAUCGAGCCGACCUUCUGCUGCCACAAUCAGUGUCGCGCAAAUCACGUAACUCGUUUGUGGACAAGAUUCUGAAGGUCACUCGAGUACAUGACCUUGCAGAGUAUUUGGUAAAUGACCUCCUUACUUCAGGUGGCAGCGGUCUGGUAUUUACAGAAAAGCCAAUCGUGCUGGCCAUGGAGCUUGCAGGAAACCCCUCGGCUCUUUUUCUUGACACCCCCUUCAUUGGCAUGGACAUGCAGCAGAUUGUGCAGUUUGCAGAGAUUCUAGACAGCGUGGCAACAGGUUGGGGCAAGGCCAUGGUAGUGUCAACCAACGUGCCAACAGUGGUUCAGCUCAACAGCUUCACUUCUGUGCUCAUGCUACGCAGUGGAGGUGAAAUGGUAUACUUUGGACCUGCUGGUCAAUUUGGCUCUGCCAUUGUGGAAUACUUCCAGUCCAUACCUGGCACUCCCAUUCUCCCUGACAACAUGAAUCCCAUCAGCUUCUUACAGUAUGCAAUGGGAGAAGGCGUUUCAGAGUCUGUAGCUGCACGUGACUAUGCGUUUGAGUAUCGAAUCAGCAACCUGGCCAUGAGCAACGGCCAGCACCUGCGGAAGCUUCGUCGCAAUCCCAACUCCUUCUAUGCUUCAGAAGCAUCAGACUCAACUGCUGCUAUGCCAGCACUUCCUGGAUCUGGUCAGGUAGCCGCGCGUUCAAACCAAGGCAGAACAGAUGCCAGCACUGUACUUGCCAGUGAGGAACCUUCUUUGCAGUCCAGGAAGCCUGGAAACGCUCUGAGACCCACCUCAACGCCUACUUAUGAGCCAGAAACUUCAAUGAAAGACACACUACAAAGAAGUCGCUGGUGCCUGCCGCAGUCUCUUUACAUGUCGCGUCUGGCAAAGGUUUAUUGGUCCAUCAACGUCCUCUACUGGCGGAACACCUCUUAUACCCUGUCCCGUGCAGUUGUCGCUUGUGUCCUGGGCCUCGUUAUUGGCUCCCUCUUUUUCGACCUACCCUGCUCUACUCUCCUCCAGAUCUCAGCGCGUGCUGGAUUUGUGUUCACACUGCUCAUCUUUGGGCCCACCUCUAAUGGAGGAACUGUGGUGGGAAUGCUGACACGCAUCCGCCAUGUGUUCAACAGAGAAAGGCUCAAUAAACAGUACUUUGCUUCAACAUACAUCAUCUCCUUCACACUGGUUGAGAUUCCGUAUCUUAUUGUAACAACUCAGAUAUUUUUUGUCAUAUCAACGGGCCUAGCUCAAGUUGCAGUUUCCAGCUUGUCACAGUUCUUCGCAUUUUGGUUCUCCCACUUCCUUUUCUCCCUCGAUAUCACCUACCUUGGGUUUCUUCUUUCAGUGGCUCUUCCAAACCCAGGACUCGCAUUCAUGCUCGUGCCUAUGGUGUCUGGAGUAUGGAUAAGCACUGCAGGAUACGUGGUCCCAUACAGUUUAAUGCACUUCUUCUUCAGGCCAUUUUAUUGGACCAACCCUUUACAGUAUGCAUUGAAUGCUAUGACUGCCAUAGCUUUCUACUGCGACACCAAAAGCCCCAGUUGUAUACUGCACGAGAGGGCGGCAAGGCAGCGACAAAUGGAGCGGAGGGAGUCGAAACAGGAGCAAAUGGACGAGCGGGCAACGAAGCACAAAGAGACGGGGGAGGGCGUGGCGAGUCAGCAGCAGGAGAACGCGGCAGAGGAGCGUCUGUGGAAAGGGAAGGAGGUGGAACGAGAAGGGGGGGAGGGUAUGGACGGUAUGAGGAAAGAUGCUGAGAAGGACGAGAAGGGUCCCCCGCCCCCGCCUCCUCCAAAGGGGGCUUCAGCGAGCGAACUUGCUUCGUUCAAUGCCCGGCUGCGGGACUGGGGGGCUCGUGUGAAAGCUGCUCUUGCUGCGGCGCAGAAGAGGAUUCUGCGCACUGAGGGAGAGGUGACAAAGAAGAGGAAAGCGGAGGAGUGUCAGAGAAAGGCUGAGGAGGUGAAGAGAAACAAGGCGGAGGGUGCACGGAGGAAGCGGGAAGAGGCAAAAAAGGCUGCUGAGAUGAGGGAGGAGAGGGAGAGGGCGCGGGAGGAAGAGAAGAGGGUGAAGAAGGAGGAGAAGAGGAAGGAGAACGAGAGGAGAAAGGAGGAAGAGACGAGACAGAAGGAGGAGAAGAGGAAGGAGAACGAGAGGAGGAAGGAGGAAGAGACGAGACAGAAGGAGGAGAAGAGGAAGGAGAACGAGAGGGAAGUGAGGAAGGAGGAGGAGAAGAGGCGGGCGCAGGAAAAGGAGAGGGAGAGGGCAAAGAAGGAGGAGGCGGCAUUCGAUGAGCAGAUGGAGCAGCUGGAGGAGGAGUGGCAACGGCGGCAAGCAGAUGCGCCAAUGACCUACGAGGAAUACUCAAGCAGUCUGACGCAGCUCCGGAAGCAAGCAGCCAGAGCUGGUGUUGGCAGCAGCCGCAUCCCUGGCACCACCCCACUCCACUUCUGGGACAUCCCCUGGCCGCCAGCAGGCAACUGCCUGUUCCUCUCCCCUGGGGACCCACCUGGGCUGAAGAGGAGAAAGGCUAUGGAUGCGCUGCUGUUCUGGCAUCCGGAUAAGUUCCUCAACUACUAUGGGGGACGGCUGGUGGCAGGGCAUAGGGAAGCGGUGCUCAAGAAGGUGGCUGGGCUGAGUCGAGAGGUGGUGGUGGCUGCUCAAAGGGUGAGGGGAUAG